AUGGGCCUCUCCCUGCUCUGCGCACUGCUGGUCUUUGCUGGUAUGGUUCCAGCCGAGGCCGACAUGCUGGACCUGAACAAGAUGGUCAGACAAGUGACGGGGAAGAUCCCCAUCUUCUUCUAUUUAUCCUAUGGCUGUUACUGCGGAAUUGGUGGCCAAGGCCAACCCAGAGAUGCCACAGACCGGUGCUGCCAUGACCAUGACUGCUGCUACCGUCACCUGAAAUCCAACAACUGUGACAUCAACUUCGAUCAUUACCACUACACCUUUUUCCAGGGGAAAGUCCAGUGUUCCACCAAGGGGAGCUGGUGUGAGCAGCAGCUGUGCGCCUGUGACAAGACAUUGGCCUUCUGCCUGCAGCGGAACCUGAACACCUACAAGAAUCACCUGCGUUAUCUGUCCAGAUGUGAGGGCGAGACCCCCAAGUGCCAUACCCUCUAACCUGUCCCCCUGCAUCUUGAGGUCUGGGGAAGGCCCCCCAGGACCACUGGCCACAGCCCCGACCUCCGCCUGGAGCCUUUAAAGCACUCCUGGAAGAGGAAGGGGCUUGGCCUCGCCCCUAGCUACCACUUGCCUCUUGGACCUUCUGAAUCUCCCAGGCUGUCUCUUCUGAGGGUGGAUUGAGAUCUUAGGAAAAACCAAGGCCGGGGGGCCAACAGGGGGAGUG